GCAGGCGAGCGGUCCUGAGCCAAGUUGCCAGAGCAGCGAGCAAUCUUUAAACAAGCGCUCUGAGUAGUCAUGAGAUAACAGAUGUAGCCCGAGUCUAGCUGCGGUAGGUAUUAUGUUAAAAAGAGGAAAUGCGUUUAGGCAGCGUUUCCCACUGCUUUGAUACAUCCGAGAGCAUACUUUCCCGUUUUAUUCAUUUUAAUUCGUGUAAAAGUGGACAGUGAGGAUUGGUUUGGUCAGGAUGGCGUCCUCUCGACAAGACUACGUCGCCCCGUGGUGGACUUACUGGCUUCACAACUUCCCACACGUUAAUUUUCAUUUCCAAGCAGUUGAUAGUGCCUUUAAACCGGGGGAAGUAAACUACCAGCAGUCUCUGAUCUUUCUGGCCUGCAUGGCAGCAAUGGGCCUGGGCUUGAGCCUGUUGCUGCUGGGCAUCUAUUUAAGCUGCCUGUGCUUCUGGCGUAGGGAAGAGGCCGAGGAGACCAAGAGGCCCGACACUUGCUGCAUCACGUGGGCUGCCGUGAUCACGGGCCUGGUCAUAUGUUCUGCAGUGGGAGUGGGUUUCUAUGGAAACAGCGAAACCAACGAUGGCGUCUACCAAAUGACCUAUUCACUCUAUAACACCAAUCACACUUUGGCUGGCAUCGAUAGCCAGGUGGCCGGCUCUUUGAGCAACAUGCAGUUACGGCUAAAGGAACACCUGGCACGGCUGGAUGAGAUCUUUUCGCCUCGGCAGGACUACACCCAGACACUUCGCUUCAUGCAGCAGAUGGCUGACAAUAUCAUCCGACAGCUCACUGCCAUGCCCAACAUCAGCCAGGCCAGACAGGACCUUGCAACAGUCGCUGAUCAGGCCAGCUACAUGGAGUACUACAGAUGGCUGAUGUAUCUCCUGCUGCUCAUUCUAGACCUGGUCAUCUGUCUGGGAUGCUGUUUGGGGCUGGCAAAGCAUUCUCGCUGGCUUCUCACUCUUAUUAUGGCGUUAGGUAUGCUGACUCUUAUACUGAGCUGGGCAUCACUUGGAGUGGGCACAGCCACUGCAGUGGGUGCCAGUGACUUUUGUGUGGCCCCUGACAAAUUUAUUGUGAAUCAAACAAAGGACUUCCUGAGUGAAGAUGUAGCCCAUUACUACCUUUACUGCAGCCAGACUCUACCCAAUCCUUUUCAGCAGUCACUGACCAUCUUCCAGAGGUCCCUGACAACCAUGCAGAUUCAGGUCCAAGGCUUGCUACAUGUUUCUCUCUCUAUCUUCCCCACUGCUGAGAGGGAUUUGUUGGGCAUUCAAGGUCUCCUGAACACCACAGAAGUCAGCUUGCACCAGCUCACAGCCUCGCUGGACUGCCGCAGUCUUCAUAAGGACUAUCUGGAUGCCCUGGUGGGCUUGUGCUAUGAUGGAGUGGAGGGCCUACUCUACCUCUGCCUCUUCUCCCUGCUAGCAGCCUGCGCCUUCUGCGCUAUGCUUUGCACCAUUCCACGAGCAUUUAUUCUCAUAGCCAGCAGGGACAGGAACUAUGACGACAUAGACGAAGAGGACCCAUUUAACCCACAGUCACGGCGCAUGGCCCCGUACAACACAAGCCGCACAAACGUGCACAGCUUCUGCAGCUACAGCAGCAGCCUGGGCAGCCAGAGCAGCCUGCAGCCACCGCCGCCAGCCACCUCCACCGCCCCCCCUCCAGAGUACAUGAAUCAGUCGAUGCUGUUUGCCGGAAAUCCUCGAUAUGAAAAUGUACCGCUGAUUGGAAGAGGUUCACCACCACCCUCGACAUGUAGAUACAUAUUCACCCAGCAUGAGGACCACCUACCUGUCUAUGACUGAUGCCCAGACGCGACAUUUUGGAAGUGACUACCAGGUGUAAAGUGUGAGUGUCUGAACCCUGAAGGAGCCGAAACCAUGAUGAAACCAAAUAGAUGAUAUUUAAAUCAGACUUUUAUCUCUGUGGAUACAUUUUUCCCCGUUCUCCAUAUUGAGGAAUUCAAGAUCUGCAGUACAGUAUUUUGACUCCACGCAGAAAUCUCUCCAAAGAGGAGGCCUUACAGGCUAACAGCAUACAUCAACCACCAUGUAAAUACAACUUUUUGGUCAGUACAGGAAAAUAUACAAACUGUGAGAUGUUGAAAAAAAAUAUGGUUGGAUUUGUUACAGAAACGCCUUUCAGUUGUCUGUGGGAUAAAUUCACACAGGAACAAAAACAGAAAGAUCACUUGAACAUGAUUCCACAAUAAGACAUUGUUCUGCAUUAUAAAAAAUAAAUGGUGCUGCUACCUGUAGAGCUUCUAUACAUAAUUGUGACAUAUCAGUGCAAUGAACUUUUACCUCAUCGAUGUUUGCAUUCAAACCAGUCGGUUACGUUUUCAAGCAUCGAGAGAUGUAUCACAGGCCAGGACUGUAGGUUAACCAUGAGUUGAAAGAUUUGAUUUAUUUUUAGGCUCUGUGUUGAAGUAGCUUUCUGUUCAAUACUCAAUGCAAGGUUAAGGCUAAAGCAGUCAAUACUUUAGUAUAUGUAUGCUGAUGUACUGUGUGAAUAUGACUGAGCUCCACGCGUUAGCUUGUUGCUUUUUCAGUGCCGGAUAGGCAUCAGUUUUGAAUAAGAAGCUUUAGGCAUCACUCCCUGAAUGACAUGCUGAACAAGAUUGAAAUUGUACCUAUACUGUUAAAGAUAUAUAGCCUGAAUUCUAACAGCGUUCCUUUCUAAUGUCUUUAUUCUCAGAAGUUUUUCUAUUGUUUAUGUUUUGAACCAGUUUGGAAAAGGUAAAACUUGAUUAAAUAAAUAAUUUGUUCAUUUUA